CGGGCCCGGGCCUGGCGCGGCCCGGAGGAGGCGGCUCCGGGAGCUGCUCCGUGCUCAUGGCGGCCGCGGCGGAGGGGCCGCCCGAGGCCGGCGCGCAGCCCGCCAAGCAGGAUCCUUCUAUUGAAACUGCCGAGGAAGCUAAGGAGCCAGCGGAGGCAGACAUCAAUGAACUCUGCAAAGACAUGUUCAGCAAAAUGGCCACUUACUUGACAGGUGAACUGACAGCUACCAGUGAAGAUUACAAACUCUUGGAAAACAUGAAUAAGCUGACUAGCUUGAAGUACUUAGAAAUGAAAGAUAUUGCUAUAAACAUAAGUAGAAAUCUGAAGGAUUUAAACCAAAAGUAUGCUGAUCUUCAGCCAUAUCUGGAACAGAUAAACCUAAUUGAGGAACAGGUUGCAGCUCUGGAGCAGGCAGCUUAUAAAUUGGAUGCGUAUUCAAAAAAACUUGAAGCCAAGUACAAAAAACUGGAGAAACGAUGAAAGUACAACAGAAUAUAAGUUGGAGUUGGGCAGUGAAUCAGACUGAUCUCUGGUUUUGCACAACAGCAAUUCUGUAUGUUGGCAAGGAUUUGGUUACAGCUAACAUGGAGACUGGGAACUUUUUCCAGCUGUUGAAUACAGUAAGCUGUAUUCAGGCUUAAGGCUGAAUAAUAUUUUCCUAUUCUCAAGGGGUACUGUUCCCUCAGUUCUACAGUGAAAAGUAGAAGCUUGUCCUUAAAUCAUGUCGAUAUUGGCUAUAUGUGUGUUAGUCCUGUUUUCCACAUGAAAUACUCGCUCUAGGGAAAGUCUUCCAUAACCUGUAAAGGCAUUUUGCCUUAGUAGCAGCGGGACCUAAACUUCAAUUUUUCCUUCAUUAAGCUCUGUUUUGGGAAGAUACCUGGAACUUUGGACUUAAUGGGUGGGGUAUUGAAAGCACUUCAUUUUGGUAUCCCCUUUUAUCUGUUUGAAAUAGAGAGACUACUUACAAAUUUACAAUAAACUUGCUGCAUUUAUUUCUCUGGAACUUCAAAUUCUGUUGGAAAGAUUGCACAAGCUGUUUUUAUUUUUUCAAAGGGGUCUGUUAAUAAAGACAAACUCCUUCAAGCUAC